CUGGAAGCGCAGGCCUUCCUUCUGCGCGCCCGACACCUCACGCACAAGCCGCUGGAACGGCGCCUUCUGCAGGAGAAGAUCAGUGGAGCGCUGGAACUGGCGGAUCUCGCGAAGCGCCACGGUGCCCGGGCGCCAGCGGCGCUGCGCGUGCUUCACGCCGGGGGCCGCACCGGCAGCCUUGGGCGCCUUCUUGCUCUUCUUCGUCGUGAUCGUGCGCUUGCUCCUGGCAGUCUCCUUGGUCCGGGACAUGAUUGCUUGCUGUUGCUUUAGAAUAAGGGUUCUUGACUCCCUUCGCACGUCGCAGCAGCGGGAAGAAGCGGAUGAAGAAGCAGCGCGGCGCCCAGCAGCCGGCGACAGCAGCAACACAGCGCAUCAAGGCAAAGCAGGGUAA